AUGGGUCGGAUCGAAGUCCGAUCGUGCUGUUCUUCGUCGUUUCUCUCAUCCCUCUAUGUUUCAAUCCGAUUUGAGGUCUUUUGGAGCAUUCUGGAGCAUAUGGGACAAGGAGCAUGGAGGGACUUGGCACAUGGAAGCAGCUCAACUGGAUACGCAAAGGAAGAAGGGAGAAGCCAUCUUGAAGACCAGCUCGACCGUCUACUCGACCAACCGGUCGAGUUCCUCAACUCGACCGGCCAAGCUUCAACUCGAUCGAGCUGA